CCCUCUCUGCCUCUCUCUCUCUCACCCGAAACCCAAUUCUAUCUCUCUCUCGCAAAACCGAAAACAAAACCCUAUUAAUUUCCAGACUCCAUCAGACUCCUCGUCCCUCAUUCCAAUCCUUGUUGCCUUUCUCUCUCUCUCUCUGCCGCCUCGUCGCUUCGGUGACUCUGAAACUCUCUCUCUCUCGCUCUCCGCCUCCGAAAACGCCAUUGGUUUUCAAUACACACACUGAGGUCAGAGGCGGUUAUCAAAACGGUUACCGUUUUGGCUUAAUCGCAAUCACUGCGCCCUAGGGUUAGUCCUCUCCUCUUUUUCCAUCUCCGUUGUUUUAAUUUCGGGGUCUGCAAAUCCCCCUAGGUCUAUUUUGUGAGAGUUACACACAGAAAUAGAGAAGAAGAAGAAGAAGAGGAGGAUUCUAGGGUUUCUAUUUUCGCCGCAUUCAGUCUCUGAUUUCGCCGUCGCCUAGGGUUUUAUUUUUGUUUUUAUUUAUAUUUGCGUUGUUGAUUGGUUGGUUGAUUGGGGUGGUUUUGGAUGUUGUUGCCAUAGUUACAGAGCUAUUGCUUCUUCGUGUUGUUUCGGGGUUGGAGAUGAGGGUCCUCUGAGUGAGUGUGGUGCGGUUUUUUCUCCUGCAAAUCCAUCUUUUAUUCGAAGAUGGAGGAGUAGACAGGUUAUUCUGUGUGUCACUUUUUUUUUUAAUAAGAGAAGUGAUCGCAUUGCCCGCCCCGGGUUUGUAAGUGGGUGGAAACUUGGUUUCUAAUUGGUGCAUAAGCCGCGGUGUUGGUAGAUAUAGUUAUUGGCAGUAAUAAGGCUUGUCCAGGUUUUUAGAAUUGUAGAGGAGCAAAUAUACCCUGUCGAAGCAACUGUGUGGAUACUUUUUUCAUAAGUUUCGUGGAGGAAAUUUUUGUUGUGACUUAGGAUAACCCAUCCAUUUGUAGUGGGACUGACUUGCUGAAGGCAGUUGAUUGUGAAGAAGAGAAAUUUGUUGUGGUUGGAACUUCACUCUCUUUGUUGAAGUUUAUUAAAUUUGGGGGAAAACGGCGGAGGUGGGGAAGAAGGUGAGAAGUGUUUCUGUUGUUAUAGCUGAUGAUGUUCAGUGCUCCUUAUGGAAAAAAGUGAACCCCCAUUAGGCCCAUUAGCUCCACAAUGGCUGAGAAAUACAGGCGGUGUUACUGGGGGUGGCAGUUCAACCCACCACCAUUUUGCAUCAUCUUCAGAUGUUCAGCCGGCUCAUCACUCAAGAAGUAGAACUACAAAGACCACAAGUGACAUUGACCCCACUCGCUCUUCUUAUUUGGAACGCUCCUCCUCCUCUAAUCCCCGGAGGAGUUCUAGCAAUGGUUCUGCAAAGCAUGCCUACAGUAGUUUUAGCAGAAGCCACCGUGAUAAGGACCGUGAAAAGGAAAAAGAAAGAUUAAAUUUUGGAGAGCCUUGGGACCGUGACUGUCCUGACCAUCUGAGCUUGUAUAGCAAUAAGGAUGCUUUGCGACGUUCCCAGUCUAUGAGUUCCAGGAAUAAAAGUGAAACUUUGUCCCGAAGAAUUGCUAUUGACUCAAAAAGUGGUAGCAACAGCAUUCAUAACAAUGGAAAUGGUCUGCUUUCUGGGGGUGGAGUUGGUAGUCCGAAUGCUGUAUUUGAUAAGGAUUUUCCCUCACUUGGAACUGAAGAAAGGCAAGGCGUGCCUGAUAUCGGAAGAGUCCCAUCUCCGGGGUUUACCUCAGCUGUUCAGAGCCUGCCUGUUGGCAAUUCAGCUUUGAUUGGGGGAGAGCAAUUUAAAUCAGCUUUGGCAGAGGUGCCUAAUGCUAUAAUUGGCAGCAGUAGCUCAGGAUCAUUUUCGGUUCAACCCACUGUUGCUGCUACUUCUGAGUCUGGGGCUUCCGUUGCAAUGGCUGGUCUUAAUAUGGCUGAAGCAUUAGUGCAAGCUCCAGCAAGAGCUCGCACUGUUCCUCAGUUAUCUAUCAGGACACAAAGGCUUGAGGAAUUGGCUCUCAAGCAGUCGAGGCAAUUAAUACCAGUGACACCUUCAAUGCCAAAAUCUUCAGCUCUUAGUUCUUCUGACAAAUUAAAGCCCAAACCAGCAGUCAGAGCUGGUGAGAUGAUUGCACCUGUGAAGGGUGGGCAGCAGCAGCCCUCUCAAUCGCACCAUGCCAAUCAAUCUCUUCAUGGGGGGCCUGUCAAGUCUGAUGCUCCAAAGACAUCUCAUGGGAAGGGGUUCCUUGUUCUUAAACCAGUAUGGGAAAAUGGGAUCUCUUCUCCGAAGGAUGUCACUAGCCCGACAAGUAAUGCCAGCAGCAGAGCAGCAAAUAGCCCACUUGCUGUUGCUCCUCCAGUUGUGUCCGCUCCUUCAAGGAGCCCUAACAAUCCAAAGCUUUUGGCGGUGGAAAGAAAGGUGGCUGCCUUGGAUCUGAAAUCUGGAGCCACUUUGGAGAAGAGACCUUCUUUGUCUCAAGUCCAGAGCCGGAAUGAUUUCUUUAAUCUCCUAAAGAAGAAAACCUCAGUGAACAGUUCAAUUACUCUCCCAGAUUCAGGCCCUAAUAUUUCACCUCCCACUAUAGAGAAAUCUGGUGACAUAACUGGGGAAGUGUUCAGUGAUCCUGCGAGCCCUCACAUUGAAAAUGGUGGUGAGGUAACUGGCAAUGGUGUUAGCUCUGAAGAGGUUCAGAGAUUUUCUGGUACUGGCCCAAGUGCAGCAGUUUAUCCGGAUGAGGAAGAAGCUCGUUUCCUUCGUUCUCUUGGAUGGGAGGAAAAUUCUGGUGAUGAUGGCGGUCUAACGGAAGAAGAGAUCAAUGCCUUCUAUGACCAGUAUAUGAAAUUGAGACCAUCUCUGAAACUGAAUCGAGGCAUGCAGCCAAAGCUUUCAACACUGCCUGAAUCUCACGCAACUAAUUUUGGUGGGGCAACUACUGGACUGAGCUCAUCUGACUCUGGGUCUGAAGCUUGAUAUACUUUUUCUCACACAUAGAUCCAAGAAUUUUUAAUUUUUUGGCAGAUGGUUAGUCUCUUAUCUCUUUGUUUUGGAAAAAAAGAAAAAGAAGCUGAUGGGUUUGGUAAGAAACAAGAGAAUGGGUCUGGAGAAGAACUAUGCAUUCUGCAAAUAGUGCAAUAAGUCACAGGUGCCCCAAUCCUGCCUGCCUAAAAUGGUUUUUGUUUAGGUUUUAAGUUUUUAUGGGAGAGAGUAGGAUAGGGGCUAUUUUGUCUGCAGUGGAAGAUGAUGAUGAGAAAAUUGAUACAUUGGUGUACUUUGGUCCUUGUUCCUUCCUCUUUCUUUUAGGGGGUUUAAUUCUACAAGAAAAGGCUUAUGUUUUUGGUCCAUUUUACGGAAAAGAAGAAAUCAAUAGGGGUUUAUUUUUACCUUGGUGCGCAUGAAAUUUUGCGGUCAUUUCAUUUCUGUUUUGUUAGAUUAAUUAUUCUUUUACUUGUCUUUCAUUCAUAAUUGUAUGCCCGAUGCACAUGUGAAAUGAUUUAGACUCGUUUAUGUUUUGGGCAUCAGUUUCAUUGGGAACAAUAUAUGAAAGCUACAGCAAGUUAAACCUAUUUAUGUCGACCAUAUUUAACCAACUCAAGGAGUUAAGCUACCAUUCCAUAUUUCAUA